UCGGCGCGCGCGCGCGUUUUAAAGUGCUCUUCUGUGGUUGAUCGAUAGUUUGUGUACUUGUUUUGUGCGUAGUUAUCAAUGGAUAUUAUAUACGAUUUCGAGUUCCGGAUUACAACGUGGAAAGUUGGACAUCGACUUCAUAUUAUGACACUUUGAAGAUUUUUAAUAAUAGCAUUUCAUAAUGCGGCAUUCAUUCAAUUACGUCAAAAAUGGAACAGAUAAUCACGGAACACAAUUAAUUAAAUAAAUAAAUGAGAUACAUUAUUUAAAAAUAUAAUGAAGAGUUAAAUUUACCUUACACAUGGAUAAAGAUAGUUUUUAUUCUUGUAAUGAAGAUGGGUUUCGUUAUGUUUCGAAAAGUAUUUUAAGUGAAAAUGGGAAAGGAUUUGUGGGUGAUGGUGAAAGUGCUGGUGAUAUUGACUAUGACAAGGACUAGCUUUGAGAUGAUGGAAUCAAAUGUGAUUCAAAUAUGGUCAGUGCCAGGCAGUGAGACUCGCCUGCCUUGUAACCUGGCUGCGUCAGUUAGGGAUGUUGCCAUGACAAUGUGGUUCAAAAAUAACGACAGGAUGCCCAUAUAUACUGUAGACUUUAGAAACGGACCACCAACACAUUGGGCUCUGGCAGGCGAGUUCGAAACAAGAGCUCACUUUGUCCUAAACGAAUCAGAUACCACCGCAGCCCAUCUAGUUGUUAAUAACGUUACUCAGUAUGACGAAGCAUUGUACAGAUGUAGGAUAGACUAUAUUGAUGCUCCUACAAAAAAUUAUAAAGUCAAUUUAACAGUCAUUGUACCUCCUGACCCACCCAGAAUAUAUGAUAGCGAGGGUCGAGAGAUCACUGGCAACUUGGCUGGACCUUAUCGAGAAGGACAGGAGCUCAAGCUGUCCUGCCAGGCUCCUGGUGGUAAGCCCUUGCCUGAUAUCACUUGGUACCAUGGCAAUGAACGGCUAAGCAUCGCUAGAGGCUCGUUCAAUUGUCAAGUGCACAUAAAAAGCUUAUCACGUGAAAUGAGUGGGGCAAAAUUACGGUGCAGAGUUGACCCGCCCCUAUUGCAGCACUUAGUCAAAGAUGUUUCGCUUAAAGUUUAUUUGAAGCCUCAAUAUGUAAGAGUUACUGGAAGCGGAGCGACUCGCGCUGCCCACGAAAGAUCAUUCGUUUGUACAACGCGCGGGUCAAAACCAGCCCCAAAUAUCGACUGGUUUAUAAAUGCGCAAAAAAUUGACUCAGGGCUUACGCAGGUGGAAGUUGAUGGACAAUUAACAAGAAGUAUUCUGACAUGGCGUGUAAGACGAGAAGAUAGUGGCAGAGAACUGGUCUGUCGCGUUUCCAACCCAUGGUUCCCAGCCUAUACUCUUGAAGAUUCUAUAUUACUAGAAGUUAUUUACCCACCAAUACCCCAAAUAUCUGUGAUUGAACCGAGGGAAGCCCACCAGCUUCGCGAAGACGAAGAUGCUGUAUUGUUAUGUUCUGCCGAUGCAUCACCACCAGCAUUUAACUUUUCAUUCUAUAAGGGUUUUGAGGACCACCUCGUGCGUGACGAUCCUGUCGGUGGUAUAUCUGUGGAAGGACAAAAACUGUUUCUUCAUAAUCUGAGAAGGCACCAUGCAGCCAGAUAUCGGUGCAGAGCGUGGAACUCAGAAGGCAGUGGAUUAAGUGAAGCACUUAGUUUGAAUAUAUUAUCUCGACCAGAAUGCUCUGCCGGUAACGUUGUUCAGCAAAUAGCUGGUGCCCCAGGAGGUGAAGUCAGAGCUCGCUGUUCUGUUAGUGCUCCUUCCGCAAGAGAUGCUGGACCACUUAAGUUUUAUUGGACUUAUAAUGGGACCAGGGACGUUCUGCCAAUUCCUGUAUCAAACGUCACAACAAUGGGUUCAAGUAGCACUGCUAUCCACGGUUUACCUAGUAUUGAUGACGAGGAAUUAGGCUGGUUGGCCUGCUGGGCUAGGAAUGAUAUUGGAAACCAAAGAGAACCUUGCUUAUUUAGGAUCAUGCCAGCUGGAUACCCCGAACCACCAAGCAAUUGCGAAAUAGAGAACGACAUUAUAAGAUGUGAGGCUGGACAUGACGGCGGUCUUCCUCAGUGGUUCGUAAUGGAGGCCCUUGGGGUUAAACAGCAAGAAAUACAACGAAAUGAUCUGGAUUCUGCUAUGAAUGAUCAAGGUAUCUCUGGGCGUGGAUUAACUGAGACAGUGUAUAAAACAAGUAAUGAUGCGACACCUCAAUUUCCCCUUGACUCACUUUCUCCUGGUCGCUAUACAUUUCUAAUAUAUGCUGUUAAUCCUCGUGGUCGAUCAUUACAACCCGCUGCUCUACAUAGUGUUCCUGUUAGGACUAUGGAAGACCUCGACCGACCAGGUUCACUCCAGACCAUGACACCAUCUCCACCACAACUGAGUCCCCAAGAUAACAGCGUGCCUUUGCUGGUUGGUGCAGUACUUGCCUUGGUUAUGCUAACCAUUCUUACUACUCUCUGCGUUACGUUAGUAGUAAUGUGUAAGAAGAAACCACGUCGUACACGGGACACUGAACAGAAUGCCCUGACCCGUAACGUUGGAGUGUCUAUGUAUAGUGGAACAGCACUCUCCCCGAGCAUAGUUCCGACCGUCGUAGUACGCGGUCACCGGGGAUCUAGAGUAUUAGCUGCUCGAUGGUCAGGAGUCUUGGAUGAUACGCCACUUGCUGUACUUGCAUUAGAUACAAGGCCACAUUGUAAGCUUGAAGCAGAUAUGGACAUUAACAGUGAUGACGAUAUCCACGAAACUGAAUUUAUACGGCACGAGAACAUGGAGACGCAAACUGAUUCCUAAAGUAACCUAAAAAUUUACAAUUAUAUUAGCGUUGUUUACAAUAAUGUCGUUGCAAAAAGAUAUUAGAUUACCACGUGACUUCAACUUUAAGUACCACGUAAUUACAAGUUUGCGUUAACAGUGGUUUAUUAAAAUUUUUGACCUCAUUAUUGUUUCUUGUUAGCGUUAUUAGCCUAUUAUUGAAGGUACGUGGUAAUCUAGUAGUACCUUAUUGCAGAGUUUCCCAAGCCUCACCUCAGUCUUUCCAAAAUUCUAAUGUCCCCUAUAUAUAUUUUAUAAUACAAAAAAUGGAAGUUUUCACUUAAGAAACUUUAGCAUAUUUUCGAAAGUAAUCACUAGAAAAUUGUUAGUAAACACUAAUUAAAUUUUCAAAAUAUAAAAUUUAAGAUGAAAUUCAAAUAAAAAUAAUUUUAAGAAAUUUUGGAAGAACCUCCUUAACCCCUUGAAUUGCACCCUGUGGGGCCAACGUUGGGUAACACUGCUCUAUUGUUAUUUUGUUCAUUCAAGUGAUAAGUUAUAUGCAUUCAGUAUUAUUUAAGUGAUAUAAGGUAGAUAUUCAAGAUGGCGUGUACUAGUAUAUUAUUCGUCAUUAAUGAUAAGUUUUUACUAUAGAUUACCCUUUAUAUAACUGAAUAAAAUGCAAAACGAAGAAUAUAAAUGGCUAUGUGGAAGGUUCGGAAGUGAGACGUAGCCCUUCCAAAACAUAUUCAAUGCUUUUCUUACAUACCGAUGUCAUAUGAUGCACAAACUACUUUAUAUUGACCACAAUCGUAUUUUAUGACAUAUUUUCUUGAAAAAAAAAAACAUAUAUUUAAGGUAUUUUAUAUUUAAAUAACUUAAACAUUGUAAAUAUAAAUUCACCAAAGAAUCUGCAUUACCAGCCGUAGCUUUCCAUAUAAAUAGAACAUUUCUUUUUACGGGUAUAUUUUUAAGUUCUAGAGAUUAUGUAUUUUAUUUAGUUAAGUUACUUUAGCAAACAGACUCAAAAUUAUUUUUAUUAAUAAAUUACAUUUAUUUUAAUUGACAAAAUGUAAUUUAUUAAUUAAUGUAACACAUUGAUCACUUAGAAAGUCCAAAUACUAAACAAUUCUAAAUUUACAUUUACUGACAGCUCUUAAAUGAAAGCGUAGAACGGGCGAGAAGAACUGGGAAUAAACUCUCCGAAACUUUUUUAAGGUUACAAACCUUAAAUAUGAAAAUUCCAAUAAAGGUAUUAUAAUAAUUACUAUAUAGUCAAUAAUGUUUCGUUGAAAGUAGGGUAAUAACAUUGAAUAGAGUAUUUAUAUUACCAUAAAUUUUAAAUUAUUUCAUCUCUGUUCCUUUUCACAAUAGUCUAAAUACUUAAAGCAAUGUGCAUUUUAUAAUCCAUAACAUUACAAAAAAAUAUAACCAUGUAUAAUGAGUGUAUUUCUGGCGACUGUACACAUGUCAAGUGCCUAGCUUCUUCUUGGUCUCGAGUCUUUAGGUGUCGACAAGAAUACGAUGUGUUAUGUUACAUACGCGUUUUCAUAGAUAAUGAAAAAGUUUGUCUCGAUGUUGUGACUGUUAGAAAGGGACAAAAGAUAAUAUACGAGUAGAUUCUCGAUCACGGACGACCUCGUGAUGUUUCGACGAGUAUGAGUACGACAGUCGUCAAAAAUAUCCAUAAUAUGACUUUAAGCACUUUGAAUGGUACUGUGUUUUAGCGAAAACAAUCUUUUUCUUUUAGUCAAAUCUACGAUGUCACAUGAAUGUAUACGUUUUAGUAUCACAGCAAUCAAAUUUUGUUCCAUAGGAUGAUAUAUUAAUAAAUUAUAUUUUAAUUACAUCUAAAAUGUAUUUUUUAUCUAUUUUUAGAUCGCCGUUUAGAUACAACUAGAAAUUUCCGCAAAGCAAAUAAUUUACAUACUAAUUAGAGUACUUUGUCAGAUUUGACCUAAUCUCUGUUUGUAUGGAUUUAUGCAAAAUUAAAUAAGAUGUAUUUGUCAUUUAAAUACAUAAAAACUCUUAAACCCAAUAUCACGCAUUCGAAUUCCGCCUAGGCAUCAAGAAAGAUUUUUUUGUAUGUACACAAUAACACUUGCGAAGUGCUAGAAUUAUGGCAAAUAAGAAAAAUAUCAUAAACGAACUACUACGUUUCUAUAUAAAAAAACGCCUGGUAUUUAUAGUUUCCUUAUCUGUAUAUUCCGAACAGUCUUAUACAAUCUACUUGUAGCAUUAAUAAUUAAGCUGACGCAAGAGCACACGAAGCAAAGAUUUUCUAAGUAAGUAAAAAUCAGGCCAGCCAGAGCUGAAAGCUUCCGAACUGAGUUAAAACCCGUGUAAGUUUUCUUUGCACUUGUUCUUUGGUUACUUAAUAACUUAAUUUGAAUAAAUGAUAUU